CAGACGAGAGGGCCCUCUAGGGGUUGAAAAUACGCCUACGUCGGCACACUUCUCGGAGUAUAGCAUUAUAUAAGGCUAAACCGAAGAAGUUCACUACAUUUGGCUCCAUUGUAUCCCGAGAUCUAGAUCUCAAUCAUUCUACAGAGUUAACUGAAAUGUGGAUCGAACAUUAAUUUUAGCUAGUGGAAUCUGUGGAGGAAUCCAUGGAAUCUUUUUGAUCGGGCAAUUCCCAACGAAAAUUUUGAUUUUGUAACUUCCAAGCGGUAAGCAAAUCGGAUACGCCUUGGGGCUUAUGAGGUGUUUUUUGGAGCAACUACAGAAUACAGGGCCAUUGAGGUCCACCUUGUCUGAAAAGGAGCUGAAAGUGGCACAGUGACGCUGCUGGCGCGAUUGCUUUUAGAAUUCGGAGGAAAAGGGCCUAAAUCAUAACAGAACAGAGUAAUUAAUAUGCCCCAGUCCCCCCUAGUGUAGGAUUACUCAUUGUUUUUUUUUGUCCUGUAAGAAAGAAAAGUAUUUGAGUGACAUACAAAAUGUACAGUGAAAUGUCUUGGAUGUUGAAUAUCUUGGAUGGCAAGGCUGUUGAAAAUGCUACAGAAAUUGCAGAGCAUUCUAAUUUAUAUUUUUCCUCAAUUACCGAUAAUCUGAGAUCCGGACUCGGAAAUACGCCAUCAGACUUUUCCAAGUUGGUAAACUUUGUGGAGUCCUGCAAAGAUCCGGAUAUGGAUUUCUCUGUUCCAGACAUAACCAAUGCUCAGGUGCUCCAAAUUAUAAAGGGGAUCAGUCCUCACAAGGCUGCAGGUAUCGAUAAAAUCAGCGCCAGGUUUUUGCAUAUUGCUGCUCUUAUUUUAGCUCCAAGUAUAGCAAGGCUUAUCAACAUGUCGUUUUCCACAGGAACGUUUCCUACUCGUUGGAAAACCGCUAACGUGACACCACUGUUCAAACAGGGUGCGGCCAGUGAUCCGUCUAAUUAUCGCCCGAUUUCUGUGCUACCAGUGGUCUCAAAAGUAAUCGAACGUCAUAUGCACAAUUCUUUAUAUGCUUUUCUUAUGGAUAAUAACUUCUACUCUAGACAGUCUGGGUUUGGUGGGAUGCACAGUACUGAGACUGCUCUAAUUAAGUUAGUUGACGAGCUUUUGUUCGGCUUAGAUAACAAUCAUGUAUGCGGCAUGGUCCUGGUCGAUUAUCAAAAGGCUUUCGACAUGGUGGACCAGAAGCUAUUGUUGUGCAAGUUAGAGCUGUACGGUAUAGUCAACCGGGAGCUUGCCUGGUGUCACUCUUAUUUGUCAGAUCGGAAGCAAAUUGUCCGUGUAAAUGGGAGUGAGUCAAGCGAAGCUUUGAUGUUGCAUGGAGUCCCUCAGGGCAGUAUUUUAGAUGUUGCUCCAUCUUCAAAGAAAGGCUUAAAUUUUCUUGAUGUUAAGGAAGCUGUGAACAAUGGAGUAGAGUUGGAUAGUGUGUCUAUCAUUAAACUCAAUGAACAACCUAACUCAAAAAAGCGAAACUGUGAUGAAAUGUUCUUGCCUCUCUUAGAGGAUGAUGUAGAAGAUGAACCAUAUCCUCUUGAUGCAGCUCCUUGUAAAAAGAAGGCUCGCCUCAGUCCAGGCAAAAAUGGUGCUAGUUGCGAUGCAGAUUAUCAUCUUCUAAGUCCCAGUAUGCGAAGUCCCCUUAGACAGCUACAACCAAGUUCAAACCAGUCUCAAACUGUGACCAGCAUUGACAGAAGGUUAAAUGAAAUCCCUUCAACAAAGCCAGAGAGAAGGAAGGUGUUCCGUAGACCCCCUAUGAGCUGUGAAUCAGUCCCCAUAACAAGAACUGAUGGCCAAAGACUUUACUUGUCAAUUAGACAUGAUAGAGAGGAGAAAUCUGGUGGGUUAGAAUCCAAGGAACUGAUAGACUAUGCAAACCCACUAAAAGUUACAAAGAGAUCUCUACUCAAGUUAUCAGCCAAAGUUUCCGACCCUCUGGGACUUUUAAGUCCGUUCACUAUUACAAGGAAAUGCAAGUCUCGGUCCCUCUGUUUGGAAAAGUUAGAUUGGGAUAUCGAACUACAAGGAAGACAUCAAAGGCUGUGGAAGAACUUUGUGUCUAGCCUGAUACAACUAAACAAUGUACGUGUACCUCGUUGCUACUUUAAUUCAAGUAUGGUAUCAACCGAUAUUCAAAUUCAUUCCUUUAGUGAUGCAUCUAAGAGGGCCUAUGCUGCUGCUUUCUAUUUGCGAUCAGAGUACGAAGAUGGACAUGUUGAAGUCAAAUUACUUUCUUCAAAAACAAGAGUGACACCCAUAAAACAGCACACCGUACCAAGACUGGAAGUACUAGGCAGUACCAGCAAACCUGCAAAAGAGUUAAGCGCCUCCGAGAUUAAUGACGCUGAGACAUACUGGAUAAAGACAGUCCAAGCAAGUAAUUUUGACGCCAAGAUCAAGUUCCUGACUAAGAAUUCUCGUAUGGCACGAUUACCGAGAGUCAAGCAAUUUGGAUUGUACAAGGACAGCAGAGGUGUCUAUAGAUGUAAAGGUAGACUAAACAAUUCAGACCUCCCAGCCACGAGCAAGAAUCCGACAUUGUUGCCUUCCAAGAAUGACUUUGUAAGCCUAUUGAUAAAGGAUGGUUAUGCAAACGUUAAGCCCAAUGGAGUCAGGGACACACUAACAACCCUGCGAGAGAAUUACUGGAUGUUGCAUGCCCAAGAAGCAACCAAGAGUGCGUUACUUGUCGAGAAUUUGAAGGUGUAG